GAUCUCAAGAUGGAAUGAUUUAUGUAUGGGAUAUCGAAACACCUCAAAUAAGAUAUCUGGUGGUUUACCUUAUGCAUAUCAUUGGUCAAGCAAUUCCAAAUUUAAUCCAAAAAGAUUAAU